AUGCAGACCAUUCAAACCAUAGAGACUAAGCUACCCAUGCUGAAAGAGAGUUUCCACACAACUCUGUUCCAAGGGAGCGAGAGAGAGAGGGAGAGGAGAAAAAGCAGCCUUACCAACCUAAUCAGAAUACAACAACAAAAACAAAAACAACUUGAACUGCAGCAGCAGCAACCUUCGGGCUCUGAGAGUCACACUGAGCAUGCUCGGGUGGUUCGCUCAGCCAGUAGCCCAUUAUGCAACCUAAAAGAGCGAGCAGAGGCAGGAGCAACUGAGCGAGAGAACGGGAAUGUGACAGAGAGAGACGGGCGGGGGGAGACAGUCCUAACCAGCCUCUCCUCUACGUCACACACUCUCGCAUCAUCACAACAGCUGCUCACGGCAGCGGAGAGAGAGAGUGAGGGAUUAGAGAGAGAAGAGCAAAAGAGAGUCAAAGAGCAGCAGGAGCAGAGGGGGAGUGAGCAGGAGCACGAGCAGGCGCCUUCUAUUGAGCAGGUACGUUCACAGAAUGGCCUAAUCGCCAGAGGGGUCCGCCUGCUGAGAAAUAUGGGCAACCAGGAGGGCAAGCAGAGAAAAGUAACCUCAGCUGGGUCUGAAGGAGUAGGGGAUGGAGCAGAGCUGGAGGAGAGGGGCCAGGAGAGCUCCAGGAAAGCCUUACAAAACAAAAAGUUGGGGAAAACUGAUGUGGCUAAAAAGAAAAGCAAAGGUGACUCAAAGGGCUCGGUCUUCUCCAGCAUGCGUAUUCGAAAGGGGCUCUCAUGGAAAGGUGUUACCAAAGAGGACAUUCUGGAUGAAGGGGUGAAGUGUAAGACCCAGGAAGAUCCCGGGGAGGUGAAGUCAGAUGACCAGCCUGAAAAAGUGCAUGAGAUGGAGGUGACCCGGCAGUCAGCAAUGGACACUACAGAGGAAGAGGAGGAUAGAGAGGAAGGAGGAAGGAUUAGUGCUGGAUCAAGAUCAAGCUCAGGGUCUGACCUGGAGCUCUAUAGCUACCACUCAGCCACAGACCUACUGACUGAUAUCCAGACAACCAUUCGGCAGCAGCACGUGGAGAAUGUUGUGGAGGACACAAUGGGAGAAAAGGAGGGAGAGGUAAAAUCCAAAGAUAAUGUCAUCUCUGAGGUCAAGGGUGAGCUGGCCCAUGUCUUGUCCAGUGGGAGCAGGAAAGGACUUGAUGAUGCAGAACGCAAACCUAAUGAAAGUCCUGAACAGGAGGAGAUAGGAUGUAAGCUUUUGACGUGUAAACCUGACCCAGACCAAGAGAUGGACCAGAUGUGUGAGAGUGGUCCACCUUUGAUGACCAACUUUGACCUCACGACAGUCACCAAGACCGCCAGCAGCUACAGCUUUCAGGAUAUCACCGCGACCACCACCUCAUCUUAUGAGAGCGCAGAAGAACGUUUGGACGAAGAAGGAGGAAGUUCUUCUCUCUGCUCCUUGCUUGAGGAGCGUAACAGUGAUGAUGGUAGUCAUGGUUUCCUGACACGGAGCCUAGAGUUGGGCCCGAGGUUAAGUGGCAGAAAUGGCACUGAAGCCCAGCCAAAGGUCAGUCGGGUCAUUUUCAUGUCACAGAAAAGCCUAAGUAGCGUGGACCUUAACACUGAACGAGGUGUAGAUGCUGAUGACGGUGGUGGUGGCAUAGGAGGAGAUGAAGGGCAAGGGAAUGCAGCUUGGCAAAGGAGAAAGAGCAGCAGCGUAUCCAUCACACAGUGGUCAUCUGAGAAUACACUUGGCAUGGGGUCACAACCUCGAAGGGCUUCCACAGUCAAACUCUAUCCACCCAUCCAUCCUUCCUAUGUAAAGACCACCACCAGACAGCUAACCUCUCCCACUCAGAGCCCCUCCUGCCUCCAGCGUGUAGGAUCAGGGUCAAGUCAAGGGUCCCAAAGGGCAGAAAGUUGGAGGUCUCGGAGGCAGAGGUCCUGCAGUAUUGCUGCACCGCCGAGCUACUGUGAGGAUUGGAAUAUACCCCAAGAAGGGCAAGAGGGCACCCCAGUGGGCUUUUACAGGGGCUUUAAUGAGACCCCUGGUCCCAGACGCUCAUCAUCCUGUCUGCAGACAGCAACACUGGGUGCCCUUCAAGAUGUGUUCUCUGAUGAUGAUGAUGAUGAUGAGGCUGUGAGGUUCUGUUCUCGUAUUUUGGCUCUGGGAAUCCUGCAGCCCUUCAGUGACUGUUUUAGGGAACAGCCAGGAGGGGGCAAUACAUCUGACACGCCCACUUUUAAUAAGGACCAGUUGUAUGUUUGGGCUCCACUGGGACAGCGCCUUCAUCUGUGGAACCAGAAUGAAGGGAAAACACCAGGACGAAUACAGACCCAGUGGCCCCCAGCUCCCAGAUCAGCCCAGGAAGUCUCUGGAAGCCAGUCAGGGAAUCUCACAGACAGGAAUUCCUCCAUGAUCCAUGACAUGGAAAGGACCAUCGAGGAAUUGCGAGAUAAGAUUGCAGAGCUGGAGAAACAGCAGGGAUCUUUGGAAAGCAAACUCAAGACCACUGUUGAGGUUGCGGUCAUUGGUAACUGUCACCAUGGAGACACACAAACAGAAACCGACAGAGGGCAUAAACCUGACUGGGAGGCUAAGGCUGUACAGACCUCUCCAGUGGAGGAAGCUUUCAGAUUUGCGGUGCCUUUCUUAAAUGGAGUGAGAAGUCCUGCAGUAAAUGGAGUGACUGAGGAACCAGCCCCUCAUACUGGAAGUCCCUUCAUCUGUGCCUGUCAAAGACUGUCAAAAGAGGACAAGGUCACCGAAUCUCAGCUUACUUCUCACAUGACCACAUCUGCAUCAGAGCCUCCUCCUCCUGCUCCUCCUCUGCCGCCUCCUCUCACCGGUUCUGGCCCAUCUAUACCACCUCCACCUCCACCUCCUCCCCCACCUCCCCCUCCACCUUUUCCAGGUCAAGGCCAAUGCCCACCACCUCCUCCUCCUCCUCCUCCUCCACCUCCAGGUCCUGGUAUAGGGCUGCCCCCACCACCUCCUCCACCCCCUCCUCCUAGCCUGGGACCACCUCCCCCACCACCUCUUCCUGGCCUUGGUCCACCUCCCCCUCCACCUCCUCCUGGCCUGGGGCCACCUCCCCCUCCACCUCCUCCUGGCCUGGGACCACCUCCCCCUCCACCUCCUCCUGGUAUGGGCCCUCCCCCUCCUCCACCUCCUGGUAUGGGUCCACCUCCUCCCCUAGGCUUUGGACCUCCCCCGCCUUUAACUCUAGGUCUAUUGGGAGUGGGCAUUGCUCAAGAGGCCGCUCCUUUAAAAGCUGUGAUUGAGCCCCCUCGACCCAUGAAGCCCCUGUAUUGGACCAGGAUCCAGCUGCACACUAAAAAGGAGGCAAAAAGUCAUCUGGUGUGGGAGAAGAUAGAGGAACCAUCAGUGAAUUUUGACGAAUUUGUCGAACUUUUCGCCAAAAGUACAGUGAAAGAGAAGAAGAAGCCCAUUUCAGACACCAUCACUAAGUCAAAGGCAAAGCAGGUGGUGAAGUUGUUGAGUAAUAAGCGAUCUCAGGCAGUAGGAAUCCUGAUGUCCAGUUUACAUCUCGACAUGAAGGACAUUCAAAACGCCAUUUUGAACAUGGACAGCACUGUAGUGGAUCUGGAGACGCUCAAUGCACUGUAUGAAAAUAGAGCUCAACCAGAUGAACUGGAGAAACUUGAGAAGCAUUUUGCAUCAUACAAAGACAAGGACGACGCAAAGCCGUUGGAUAAACCAGAACAGUUCCUGCUGCAGCUAUCUCAGGUCCCUCAGUUCACAGGUCGAGUCUUCUGCAUCCUCUUUCAGUCUACCUUCUCAGAGUGCAUCGCCUCUGUCCUCAGGAAACUGGAAAUCCUGCAGAGAGUCUGCAAGACUUUGCAGUCUGGUACGGGAGUGUUGCGGGUGCUGGGUUUAAUUCUGGCUUUUGGGAACUUUAUGAAUGGAGGAAACAGAACGCGAGGUCAGGCUGACGGGUUCACCUUAGACAUCCUGCCCAAACUGAAGGAUGUUAAGAGCAGUGAUAACUCACAAAGUCUUCUGUCUUACAUCGUGGUGUACUAUCUACAACACUUUGAUGAGGAUGCAGGAAGAGACACAUGUGUGUAUCCUUUGCCUGAGCCUCAGGAUCUCUUCCAAGCAUCUCAGAUGAAGUUUGAGGACUUCCAAAGAGAUCUACGCAAAUUACGAAAAGACUUGAAUGCUUGCUCUACGGAAACUGAGAAGGUAAGCAGGGAGUCAGCUGAGGAACAUCUACAGCCUUUUAAGGAGAAUAUGGAGGCAUUUCUCACUCAGGCUAAGGCUGAGCUGGAGACCCAGGAGACACAGCUAGCUGACACUCAGAGAAUAUUUCUGGAGCUGAGCGUGUUUUUCUCCGUGAAACCCAAAGCAGGGGAGAAGGAAAUUUCUCCCAACACGUUUUUCUCUGUAUGGCACGAGUUCUCCUCUGACUUCAAAGAGCUUUGGAAAAGAGAGAACAAACGCUUACUGCAGGACAGGUUGAAAGUGGCAGAGGAGACGUUUAAACAGGCCAGAGAGAAGGCCUCUUACACGGUUAAACCCAAACAUGCAUCUGGAAUAAAAGCCAAACUGGGUCUGAAGAUCUAA